GGCAGCAUGUCCGCCAAGGAGCGGCAGAAGGGCAAGGUGACCAAGGACAGCGUCACCCUCCUGCCCUGCUUCUACUUCGUGGAGUUGCCAAUAUUGGCAUCUUCUGUUGUUAGCCUCUAUUUCCUUGAACUUACUGAUGUCUUCAAGCCAGUUCACUCUGGAUUUAAUUGCUAUGACAAGAGUUUGAGUAUGCCAUACAUUGAACCUACACAAGAGGCUGUUCCCUUCUUGAUGUUGCUUAGUUUGGUUUUUGCUGCACCUUCAAUUACGAUAAUGGUAGGAGAAGGAAUUCUCUACUGCUGCCUGUCCAAAAGAAGAAAUGGGAUUGGAACAGAGGCCAAUAUUAAUGCAGGAGGAUGCAACUUCAAUUCUUUUCUUAGAAGAGCUGUCAGAUUUGUUGGUGUUCAUGUGUUUGGUCUUUGUUCUACUGCUCUUAUUACUGAUAUUAUACAGCUAUCAACAGGAUAUCAGGCACCAUAUUUCCUGACUGUUUGCAAGCCUAACUAUACAUCCUUAAAUGUAUCCUGCGCAGAGAAUUCCUAUGUUGUGGAAGAUAUUUGCUCUGGAACUGAUGUCAAUAUUAUCAAUGCUGGAAGAAAGUCAUUCCCUUCUCAACAUGCCACCCUGGCAGCCUUUGCAGCUGUGUACAUUUCGAUGUACUUCAAUGCUACAUUGACAGACUCCUCCAAACUUCUGAAACCACUUCUGGUCUUUGCUUUUAUCAUCUGUGGAAUUUUAUGUGGUCUCACUCGUAUCACCCAGUAUAAGAACCAUCCAGUUGAUGUUUACUGUGGCUUUCUCAUAGGAGGAGGAAUUGCUCUCUAUUUGGGCCUGUAUGCUGUGGGGAACUUCUUGCCAAGUGAGGAGAACAUGAUUCACCAGAAUUAUCACAGAGAACCACUACGGUCUUUCACGGACCUUAGCCAAGAUGCCAACAGAAUCUUGCCUGGUAAAAACGGAAGCGGCAGCGACGGCAUCGCCACACACCGCUCUGAAAGCAUGCUCAAUAGGAACCACAGAGAUGCAGGGUCUCUGACUAACAUCAAGAGAGCAAAUGCUGAUGUAGAAAUCAUAACACCACGAAGCCCAAUGGGAAAGGAAAAUAUGGUUACUUUCAGCAACACUUUGCCAAGAGUCAACACACCAUCCUUGGAAGACCCAGCAAGAAGAAACGCAACAAUUCAUGCAUCAAUGGAUUCUGCCCGCUCCAAACAACUGCUUUCCCAGUGGAAGAACAAGAAUGAAAGUCGAAAAUUGUCACUGCAAGUAAUAGAGACUGAAUCUGGCCAGUCACCACCACGAGCUAUUGAAAUGAGGUCAAGCUCAGAGCCCUCCAGAGUGGGUGUAAAUGGGGAUCAUCAUGGCCCAAGUAACCAAUACCUGAAAAUUCAGCCUGGUAGUGUACCAGGUUGCAACAACUCGGGUCUCUCUGGUGGGCCCAGGGUUUCUAUUCAGUCACGUCCUGGCUCAUCCCAGUUAGUUCAUAUUCCUGAAGAAACUCAGGAAAAUGUGAACACGUCUCCCAAAAGUAGUUCGGCUAGAGCUAAAUGGCUGAAGGCUGCUGAGAAGAGUGUUGCAUGUAGAAGCAACAGUCAGCCCAGAAUCAUGCAAGUAAUAGCCAUGUCUAAGCAGCAAGGAGUGCUUCAGGGCAGUCCAAAGAGUUCAGAGGGAAGCACAGUCACUUGCACAGGAGCCAUUAGAUAUAAAACCCUGACAGACCAUGAGCCAAGUAGCAUUGUCAGAGUUGAGGCCCAUCCAGAAAAUAACAGACCUGUAAUUCAGAUGCCAUCAGAAGGUGAAGGAAGUGGGUCAUGGAAAUGGAAAGGCCCUGAAAAAAUCACCCUUCGUCAGACAUAUGAGCUAAAUGAUCUCAACAGAGACUCCGAGAGCUGUGACUCCUUGAAAGACAGUUAUGGCUCAGGGGACAGGAAAAGGAGCAACAUAGAUAACAGCGAGCAUCACCACCAUGGGAUCACUACGAUAAGAGUCACGCCAGUGGAGGGCAGUGAGAUUGGCUCAGAGACUCUGUCCAUUUCUUCUAGCCGGGACUCAACACUUCGGAGAAAAGCUAACAUCAUUUUAAUCCCUGAGCGAGGGAGCAGUCCAGAGAACACCAGAAAUAUCUUCUACAAAGGAACAUCCCCCACCCGAGCUUACAAAGAAUGAGAGGAGACAUAUCAGCUGGUCCGCA